AUGGCACGGGCUGUGGUAGACUGGUUUGGUUUCCAUGCUGAUUACGAGUACGAGUAUAGCAGCAAUGAUGCCCCUGUCUCUCGUCUCCGUCGGAGGUCCAAUGUCAACAUCGAUGCCAUUCAUGACUUUCCUGUCGAUAGUGAGAUGGCCCCGGCUCAGUUGUAUUCCACAGAGUCCGGUAGGUUGUUCCACUCGGGAAAGAUCGCAAUCGUAACUGUUGGGUUACCGGCUAGAGGGAAAACGCACGUUUCUGUGGCUCUCUCUAGGUAUCUGCGCUGGUUGGGUGUGAAAACCCGUGCUUUCCAUCUGGGCGAUUAUCGGCGUGCACACAUGGGCCACGGGAAUGAUGUUCCACAUGACUACUUCUUCGUUGACGCAUCCCCAUCUUCUGUGAAGUUACGGCAGACUAUUCUUCAGAAAUGUAGGUUCGACCUCUACCAUUUCCUGGAUCAUGAAAUGGGCCAGGUGGCUAUUUACGAUGCAGUCAAUCCUACUGCUGAAGGCCGUAAACAACUCUCAAAGGAGUUUUUGAAGCAUGAGAUUCAGACUAUAUUCAUCGAGUCCUAUGUCGACGAUCCAAAGAUUAUCGAGCAGAAUGUUAGGAGUGUCAAAAUUUCUUCGCCUGAUUACCAAGGAUGGAACCCGAAUGAUGCGGUCCAGGAUUAUAUCCGCCGGAUGGGGGCCAAAAUCCCCCACUUCGAGACUAUGGACGAGCACGAGCUUAAUUACAUAAAGAUGAUUAACGCUGGUGAACGUAUUAUUGUCAAUAACUGUCGUUUCGGUUAUCUACCUAACCGUAUCGUAUUUUAUUUGAUGAAUCUUCAUAUCAAAUCUCGCCAGACUUACUUUGCCCGUGCUGGUGCUUCCACUGGAGAGGAUUCCUAUAAAGCUGAUGGCUUGCUUUGUGAUGAAGGGGAGAGUUACUCUCAGCGUUUGUGUAAUGCUCUUUUGGAGCAUCGCAGGAAGGAGAGAGAGGAGUUUAUUAAGCAGGGCGGGAGUGAUGAGGAAUUGAAGCCUUUGACUGUAUGGACUAGCACUAGACGUAGGACAGUCCAGACCGCUGCCCAUCUUCAGGAACGGGGCUUCAAAGUUAAACAGAGGCCCCAAAUGAGUCAAAUGAACCCUGGGAAUUCUGAGAUGACCGAGGAAGAGUUUAAGGCGCAUUACCCAGCUGACUGGGAUAAGCAUCAACUUGACCCUUAUCAUCAUAGGUUCCCAAGAGGCGAGAGCUACCAUGAUCUUGCCGUUAGAAUGGAACCUAUCAUUCUCGAACUCGAGAGGGAGAAGAACGACCUCUUGAUCAUCGCUCACGAGAGUGUCUUGAGAGUCUUGUACGGGUAUCUGAUGGCCUGUUCGACCUCUGAUAUUCCAAGUUUGGAGUUUCCAAGAAACAAAAUUGUUGAAAUUCUCCCCGAGAGCUAUAAUAACAGGGCGAAAAGGAUCCCCAUUCCUCACACCGAUACCAACGGCGCCUACGUCCCUUGAGCUAGCGAUGUGACAAUGACUCCUAUUCCUUUCCUUCUUUUGCUUCACUGGGGGGUUUACUCUUUUUUUCCUUUUCUCUUUCUGUACCAGUAUUACAAGCUACGAAACCUCUAUAAUGCGAAAGCGGGGAGGUUUAAAUAGAUUUCUACGGUAAAUUAGCGGAAGAGGGUUGGCCUUGUAUUGAGUUAUUCGGCGGGGUUUGCUGUUGAACGGUGUUGGGGUUUCUUUCGCUCCGGUCUUCUGUUAGUUGGUUUACGUGUGUGUCUGUUUGAUUGGUUGGGGCUGGAUUGUAGUGCUUCUUUAAUUCAAAUCGGGCAUCCUUAGUGUUAACAAA